AUUGUAACUAUCAUUGGUUAUAAUUUUCACUUGUUAAAAUAAAUCGUAAGACGCGUAUCUUAUUUAUGAUGUAUCUUUGGUAUAUAGGUGUGUAUUUUACGAACUAUAGUAGUAGUGACAAAUUAAUUUGGAUUAAAUCAAUAUAUAAGACAUAUUAUUAACUUGAAAGGUUGCAAACUAACCGUCACAACGGGGAUCGAACAGUCAGCCAUGUCCGUCUCUCAGAUGGAAAAGAAUUUGUUCAACUUAAAAUUUGCUGUGAAGGAAUUGGAGAGAAAUUCCAAAAAAUGUGAGAAAGAAGAGAAAAUAGAAAAGGCCAAGGUAAAGAAGGCAAUACAGAAGGGAAAUAUGGAAGGGGCAAGAAUACAUGCUGAAAAUGCAAUUAGACAAAAAAAUCAAGCAUUAAAUUAUCUACGUAUGAGUGCUCGUGUUGAUGCCGUUGCCAGUAGGGUGCAAACUGCAUUAACAACAAGAAAGGUUACACAAUCUAUGGCUGGUGUAGUCAAAGCAAUGGAUGCUGCAAUGAAGUCAAUGAAUUUAGAAAAAAUAUCAGGUUUAAUGGACAAAUUUGAAAGUCAAUUUGAAGAUUUGGAUGUUCAAAGUUCAUACAUGGAAAAUGCAAUGUCACAAACAACAACAACAAAUGUACCACAAAAUGAUGUUGAUGCAUUGAUGCAACAAGUAGCAGAUGAAGCUGGUCUUGAAUUAAACAUGGAACUUCCACCUGGACAAUUAGGAAGUAUUGGAUCUUCUAUAGCUGUAAGUCAGGAACAGGAUGAACUUACACAACGGUUGGCACGCUUAAGAGAAUAAUACCAACUUAUUUAUGUAAUAAAAAUGUUAUAUAUUUACAGCUUAAAUGAAACAGAUACUACUAAAAUUGAUCUUAGUGCUCUAUAUUUUAAUAGUGUUAUACCAAAUGUUAGUUACAUUGUGAAAUACAUGUAGAUAUCUAAAAUAAUACCAAUCUAAUUUCUAAUACACGAGUAAAUAAUACACAGUGUAACUAAUAGUUAUUAUCUAUUAUAAUGUAAUUAUUUGUAUAUUAUAUAUGUUUAUAUAUUCAUAACAUUUUUAUUAUAUAAAAUCAAUUUUUGCAAUAUAAUUUUAAUAAAUUUUAGUUCAAUUUAUAUGCUUAUACAUACAAUCAAUAUACUCUUUGUACUUUAAAAGUCAGGGUAUUGUUUAAUAUUUUUUUGAUGUGAAACAUUUAAAAACUUAAUAUAUUUGUAAAAUUAUAAAAAAGGAAAAAUCUAAAUAUUGUACUAUUUUGCAAUAAUAACGUUUACAACUUAAGAUGAACAAGAUUUAAAUUAGAUCACUAUGUAUUCUUUAAAAUUCCGAAAAGCAGGCAUAACAAAAUGUUUACUAUAUUUGACAAUAUUUGUUUUUAAUAUUGUAAUAUUGCAUUAUUAAUAGGUAUAUAGGAAUUUAAAUAAGAUAAUAUAUACUUUUUUAUUCUUAUUAAUUUUUUUUUAUAUCAAUAAUUCAAACAAUUAACAUGCACAGGAGUAUUUGUUAAAGCACAACAAUAAUUAUAGAAUAUUUAUAUAUUACAUACACAUAUGUAAAUAAAAUCCUAUCUCUGUAAUGCUGAUAAAUGUUUGUUUCAUAAGUUGCUACUAUUUUUUAUGAACUUUUUGGUCAAUGACAUUAAAAUUUAAAUACAAUUUAAAACUUUUUCAUUUAUUACUAUGGCAUAGAAAGAAAAAAAAGAAAAAAUGUUGAAUAUUUCAUUAUAAAAAUGAAGCUAACCUUAAAUUCUUGCUUUAGCUUUCAGAAAUGAUUCAUGUAUGUACUUGUGUAAUUAUUUAUAAAAUAUUUAAUAUAUUACUGACUUAAAAAAAAACAAAACCAUAAAGAAAAUUUUAAUAUAAUAUUAAGAAAAACCUUAUCUUAUAAUAUAAUAUAUUAUUUUUAAAGGAUCAUCAGUAGUACUUAAUAAUUAUGUUAUAUCAUCAUAAGGAAAUAAUUUCUUAAUUUCCAUUUGAGAAUUUUUUUAUCCAAAGUGUAUCAUAAGGCACAGCUUGUUUUAAAGUAAUCUUUUUUUCUUGAUGUAAUUCUAAAAAAGAGAAUUUUUUUUUGAACAUUAAUUUUUUAUUAUAAAAAUACUUUGUAUAUAAAAAAAUAAGAGUUUACCUAAAAGUAGUAAAUAACAAUAUGCCGCAUCGGCUUUACUAUAUUGACCAGGUGGAAUAACGUCAAUGAAUCGAACUAAUUCUGUAUCAUGCCAGAGAACUUCUAAGAGUGCAAGCAAAUCCAAUUUUGUUAACAUACAUGACUGCGAGAGUUUAAUAGUUUCCUGACUAAAAAGAGAAAAUAAAUAAGUAAACACAUGUUAUUUUUAGAAGCUGUAAUAUUAUAAUUAGCAGUAACAAUUAAAUAUAUAUGAACUUAAUUAUAUUGUAAUUAUACAUAAUUAAUCAUAUAUAUAUGAUGUUUACUAUAUUUAUAUUAUGAAAAUACAUUUUAUAAAUGAUAUUUCGCAUUUAUAGUAAAUUUUUUAACUUACGACUGAUCUAUUUUUUUUUCAUGGAUUGUCAAGUCAGGACCUGUUCCAUUUCGUGCAAUAUUUAAUAGACCAAAGUCUUGUUCAAUGCUUUGUAAAUCUAUUUGUUGUUCGACAUUUGAGAUAACUAAUUCCUGCUGUGAACUUUCCAAUUCACGAACACUAAUUUCUUUAAUAGAUUUUCCAUUUGCAUCAAUGGACUUUAUCGCAGAUAAUUCAGCAAGCAAUUCAUCAGACUUAUUGCUUCUUUCUACCAAACGUAAAAUUUCAGCAGCUAGAAAUUUACAUUAUGUUAUCAUUAGAUUAAAAUAAUUGAUAAAUAAUAGAAUUUGUUUUUUUUUAUACAGGCAAUACAUUUUUCUAGCAAUGGAAAUUCAAUUCGUGCUUUCUUCCUUGUAGAUGAUAUAGCAACGUGCACAUUGAAAAGUUUAAUUAAGGGACUAUUCCAUUUGUUUUUGCGAAUAGAAAGAAAUCUUGCUGGUGCUGCUUGAAAAAGAAUUUCUAAUGUUGGUAUAUUCACAUUAUUUAUACUUAAUGGCUAAAAAAUAACAGUGGAUGAUUAAUGUUUUGCAUUAAUUCUUUUAUAUAAUGUAAAUUCAUUUUUGUACAAAAUCUGAAUGAACUUACAAUAGUUUCGGCAUUGACAUUACUUAUCCACUUUCUUAUUACUUUAUGAUUGAGUUUUGUAUUUUUAUCAGCUAAUUUUCUUUUUCUUUUUGAUUUUAUUUUUAUCUGUUGUGGAUCUUCAUGCGUUGAUUCCAAGUUUUGUAAUGGUUCUAUAGAAUAGUCUGAAGUAGGAAUAGGAACAGGAACUACUUCAGUUUCUGGUAUUGUUGCAAUAUCAGCUUUAUUUGAAAUUGUUAUAUCUUCGAACCUUAACUUAAAUAAUAACUCUCAAAUUAUUCUUAAUUGUUAGUAAUAAUAAUUUACUUGUGUGAUAAAAUACAUACGCGUCUUCUUUUGGUUGGUGUUUCUAUAUGUGUUAUUUCAGUAGGUUGUCUUUUACGAGGUGUUAAAUAAGUACUCCCUUCUGUCAUAAAUUCUUCCACAGUUACAUCUGGUAAUGUUACCUUUUUAAAUGCUGUAUGAUGUUCCUCAUCUGAAACAUAAACAUAUUAUAUCAAGUGUA